CGCGGGGGCGAGGGUCGGUCUCUCUCCCACCUCCUCCCCUGCGCUGCUCCGCCCCGAGGCGGUGUUGGCGCCAAAAUCAAACCCUCCAGGCCCCGCCGCCGGAAGAAGUGCCGCCCGCGCCAUGUCGAAGAAAAAAGGACUGAGUGCAGAGGAAAAGAGAGCCCGUAUGAUGGAAAUAUUUUUUGAGACGAAAGAUGUGUUUCAGUUAAAAGACAUGGAGAAGAUUGCUCCCAAAGAGAAAGGCAUUACUGCUAUGUCUGUAAAAGAAAUCCUUCAGAGCUUAGUUGAUGAUGGUAUGGUUGACUGUGAGAGGAUUGGAACUUCUAAUUAUUAUUGGGCUUUUCCAAGUAAAGCUCUUCAUGCGAGGAAACGUAAGUUGGAGGUUCUGGAAUCUCAGUUAUCGGAGGGAAACCAAAAGCGUACAAACCUACAGAAAAGCAUCGAGAAAGCUAAAAUUGGCCGAAGUGAAACGGAAGAGAGAACCAUGCUAGCAAAAGAGCUUUCUUCACUUCGAGACCAAAGGGAACAGCUAAAGGCAGAAGUAGAAAAAUACAGAGAAUGUGACCCACAAGUUGUAGAAGAAAUACGUCAGGCAAAUAAAGUAGCCAAAGAAGCUGCUAACAGAUGGACUGAUAACAUAUUUGCCAUAAAAUCUUGGGCCAAAAGAAAAUUUGGUUUCGAAGAAAAUAAAAUUGAUAAAAAUUUUGGAAUUCCAGAAGACUUUGACUACAUAGACUGAAAUAUUCAUUGUUGGUGAAGGAUCUGUGUGCUUGUGAAUAUGUAAAUUUUUAUAUGAUCCAACUAAAUGUACUGAAUUGUCAUUUACCUAUACCUGUGUUUAUCAUUUUACUAAUUUUAAAUAAAGUGUAAAGAGUAGGUGUUUUUCACUCUUUUUGAUCCAUCAAAAACAGGACGAUAGCCAUCCGCCUACAUUAGGUUUACAGAUAAUUUUUUAGAGAUCAAAGCCAUCAUGACAUGAUAACAUU